AUGGGUGUUCCAGGGUUAUGGCAACUGCUUGAGCCCUCUCGUCGCGUCGUUGACUUGGAGCAGUUCCGAGGAAAGCGAAUGGCCAUUGAUAUGAAUAUCUGGCUUCACCAGGCGUUAAAGUCUCGAGUCAGCACCUCAGGCAAUAUCAACUAUCAUCUAGCCAUCUUAUUUCGUCGAAUAUGCAAGCUCCUCUUCUACGGCAUCCGACCUGUCUUUGUUUUCGAUGGAGCCGUUCCAACACUUAAGAAGACAACAAUGGCAGCACGUCAUUCGACUCGACAAGCACUGCAAGAGAAGUCACUGCAAGCCCGAAAUCGUUUGUUGAAACGUCUAUUUCACCGAUUGGCGGAAAGUGCCAUCAAAUCGAAGAAUCCGAGUGUAGAUUUGACUGCCGAAUUUGUGCGCAGAUUCAAUAACACUGAGGCGAUGCGAAAGGCUGAACAGGACGCCGAGAUGUUUGGAUCGAAAUCCGCCAUCGAAGUGCAUGCAUCCUCUGGACCGACGCUCACGACACUCGAAUUAGAAGAAGAGCAGAAAGCAGCCUUCGAGUUGGCCCGCGACUUCCUCGAUAAUUGUCCACCGGCCGACGGCUUUUUUGAUUUUGAAUCCGAAGCGUACACUUCCCUACCGAUCCCCGCUCAACUGCAGGUCAUCCGCAUCCUUCAGGACCGAUUAACCUCAGCCUAUGAUGGCUCUCCCGAGUCUUCACAGUCUGGCGAGGCAUUCUCAACAGCUCAAGUCAACAAGUUGAUAAUGCGACGCGACUUGACUCGACGCAAAGUUGUGCUUCAGCAGAUGCUGAACGAGAAGAUGGUUUCUGCGGUGGUUCCAAAGGAGCUGGUCGAGGAUGGUGAUAUUGACGUUACAGCUCGUCGUAUCGCUUCCCAGGACAAGGGUCACACCAUCCUAUUGAGGCGGCGGUCUUCAAAAGAACUCAAGGACGAAAUUAGGGAGCGUCUACAAAGCCUCAUUGAGACUCCAAUCAAAGAAGCUGGUUCUGAUGAUGAUGAUGAUGAUACCAGUCCUACGAAACCCCCGCAAACCAAGAUAGAGGAACCGUCCGAUUUCGAUGCUGAAUUUGCCGACUUUAAGCCAAUCAAGUUGAAAUCAGAUUCUGAAUUGCCUCCUGCCCCUGACGUCCAUGUCGGUGACGUCUGCUUUGAGCCGGUAAAAUCUGAGUCAGACGACCUUUGCGUGGUUGAUGACGUUAACUCGAAUGUCGCGGUCGAACGUGACUCAUCUGUGUGCAGUGACCUCGAGGAAGUUGUGACCAAAGCCAGUAGAAACGCGCCGGUCGAAAACAUCGAUGUCGUGGAAACCGAGGCGGUCAAAACCACUGGGCUGUUUGAUUCGGCGGUGCAAGAUCCGGGCGAACACAUUCAAGAACCUGACCUCUCUGAACCCGUUGUCGAUGUGCCUGUCGCUCCACAAGCUUCGGAAUCCGAGGAAAGUGAUGCGGAUGAUUUUGAAGACGUCGGUCCGAUUUCGCAGGAGCCACGCUUCGCUUCGGCGACAUCGUCCGCUUCGGAGUCUGACGAAUUUAUCUCCAUAGCAUUGCCCAGCACGCAAGUCUUCCUCGACGACAGUCCCGACGAAGAUCAGUUUGAAUUCGAUGACGAUUUCUUGCGAGCCGAGGCAGACAAAUUUGAGAGGCAGGCACAGGACACGUCAACAAGUUGUCUAAAUGAAGCCCAGCGAUUGGUCACUCUCUUCGGCUUGCCCAUCGUCCAGAGCCCUGAGGAGGCCGAGGCUCAGUGCUGUAGCCUUCAGGCGAGCGGUUUGGUCGACGUCGUCGCCAGUGACGACUCUGACGUCUGGCUGUUUGGCGCAACAUGCGUCUGUCGACAUCUAUUCGGCGGUUCUGGGAAGAAAAAGGACCAUGGCAACGCCUACUUGUAUUCCCUGAAAGACAUUUACGAACGGCUAGGUCUAGACAGAGCGCAGUUCCUGCGAAUCGCCCUGCUGUGCGGCAGUGACUACACCCGCGGCAUUCCCAAAGUCGGUCCAGUGACAGCUCUGGAGAUCCUCGCCGAGUUUGCGUCAUCUGCCGACGCCGUGGAACGCGCAGAUCCUGCGGACGACUGUGCGCGCAAGCACCGCGAUCGAUUGGUGCUCCAGCCGCUUGUGGAAUUCAGAAAUGCCAUCGACGCGGCGAAGAGCACUCACGAGGCAAAGAAAAGUGCUCCCAGACGAGGAAUUUCCAAGUGGCGCAAUCUCCAAAUUCCUGUCGGCUUCCCCAGUGAAACCGUCGUAGAGGGGUACCUCUAUCCCAGGGUGGAGUCGCUGACCUCGGCGGAUUUUCGGUGGGAUGUUCCAAACUUGUCGGCACUCGUGAAAUAUCCUUUUGAAGUUGGUUAA